ACAGUUAAAUGUAUGUCCCAGUUAAACUGUUUAUCAAACCUCGAUUAAGCUAACUGAAAGGCUUAACUAGCAGUUAAGUUAAUCGCUAAUAUUUCCUCCAAUUAAACCGAUAACUGCCGGUUAAACUACAUAAUACCUAUGUAAUUGUUGUUUUUUUUAUCAACAAAAAUCAGAUAACAAAAUAUAUGCAAAUUUGACAUUUUCUAUCCUCGUUAUUUUUUUAUACUUGUACUUUAUACUCAAUACGAGUUACGACAAUACGUCAAUACCCAUCAUGGAACUCAUCAUGGACCAUGCUAUACUCUUUGAAGAUGACGAUGAUGAAUUUAACAUGUAUGUGAACUAUGUUCGAAGAUCUUAUACUAUAAGAUGUAGGAUCGAUCAUUUUAAUAAAUGGGAUGAUUACGAUUUUAAAUCCCGAUUUCGAUUAUCUAAAGAGACGGUUAUUGAAGUUUUGAAUAUUAUAAAACAUUCUAUUUCAUCUAAUUCUGAUAGGAAUCAUGCUGUAACUCCAGUUCAAAAACUAUUGUUAACUUUACGGUUUUAUGCUACGGGGAGCUAUUUAAUUAGUGCAGGUGAUUUUAUUGGCGUUAGCAAAUCAUCAGCCUGCCUCAUAGUUCGAGAUGUAAGCCUGGCUAUAGCUAACCUCCGAAAAGAGUAUGUUCGAAUGCCAGAAAAUGAUUUGGAAAUUAGGCAGUUACAAAAAGAUUUUUAUAAAAUAGCGAAAUUUCCAUUGGUCAUUGGGGCUAUAGAUUGCACCCAUGUGAAAAUUCAAAGUCCUGGUGGCCCAAAUUCUGAGUAUUUUCGUAAUCGAAAGGGGUGGUUCUCAUUCAAUGUCCAAACAGUGGUAUCUUCAAAACUAAAAAUUAUGGAUAUAGUUGUACGCUGGCCGGGUUCAACUCACGAUUCAACUAUAUUCUCAAACUCAAAAAUAUACCAACACUUACAUGUUACAAAGAAAUGGGGUAAUAGUUUAAUUGUUGCAGAUUGUGUACACAUCGGCUGUCCUUUGUAA